AUGGCGUCGUUCGGACUGACCAACCAAGUGCUGACACUGUAUUUGAAGGAACUCCAGAUCCGAGAGUCGCUAAUUGGACUGUUCAUGUCCCUGACCAUGAUUGGGGACACGCUCUUGUCCUACUUUCUAGUUUGGAACUCCAACAAGAUCGGAAACCGUCGAGUAAUGAUCAUUGGCGGACUGCUGAUGCUCGGGUCCGGUAUCGUUUUCGCGUGGGGAACAGAUAAUUUUGCACUACUGCUUACUGCUUCCAUUCUCGGAGUGAUAUCUCCGUCCGGUAACGAGACAGGUCCGUUCAAAUCGAUUGAAGAGGCAGUUCUGGCCACACUCACUCCAACAGACCAUCGACCGGAGGUCUUUGCCAUCCACGCUGUGCUGGCUGCAGCUGGGGCUUCAUUGGGAGAGCUAGGAGCUGGUUUUUUCGUGCAAACGAUGGUGUCCAAGUUCAACUGGUCUUUUGUGGAAGCUUAUAGAAAUACGUUUAUCAUUUACUGUGCAAUAGCCGUUCUAAAGCUGGUUCUGAUGUUCUUUUUGUCGAAAAAAUGCGAAAUAUCAAAUGCCACGUUAGAAGAUGGAGCGUCAGGCACAGAGGCCAGCGAAUCGACUCCUCUUUUGGUUUCCACGGUUGAAUACCAAACAGUCACUGGAUUGGCACCAGAAACACAAAGAACUUUGUUCAAACUGCUGGUCACCUUCACGAUCGACUCGUUCGGUGCCGGGUUCAUGCCGGUGGCAUGGAUAAUUUACUAUUUCAGAUACCAGUUCGACGCUUCGCCUGCUACACUCGGAACCAUCUUUUCAUCAUUGGACAUUCUUCAGGCAUUUGCUGCGUUCCCGUCGGCGUGGUUUGCAAAACACGUCGGCCCUAUCAAAUCGUCUAUCUUCACCCAAAUACCCUGCGGACUUGCACUGCUAUGCAUACCUCUACUAGGAAGAACACUGCCCCUGGCUACUGUUUUCUUACUGUUUAACCAAACUUUCACUGCAUUUGAUGUCAUACCGAGACAAAUCCUACUCACGUCUGUGACGAGUCCUGAGGAGCUGCCCAAAGUCAUGGGAACCGUGAACAUAGCCAAGACGGCCGUGAGAGCAAUCUCGCCAAACUUCACGGGAAUUCUGGCCCAGAAGGGCCAGCUUUGGGUCUGUUUUGUGCUGAACGCGGUGAACUUGAUCGUGGCCAACCUCAUUCUCGGCUACAACUUCCCGCACCUGGACUCUCAAUUAGUUAAAUCAUAG